CAUCCGGACAUGGAGUCCACCGCGGCUCAGGUGAAGGUUAACUUCACCACCACCCAUGAAGACCUACAGCUGCCUGAGAACAAGAGGCAACUUCUCGUGCCGUCCGACAUCAAGCGAUAUGGCCUCUCCCGCAUUCUCAACUCGGAGUCUAUGCUCAACACAUCCGCCCCGGUCCCCCUCGACUUCCUUGUCAAUGGCACGUUCCUCCGCACAACCCUCGAAGAGUACCUCCAGACCGAGGGACUGUCCUCCGAAACCACCGUCACGCUACAAUACGUUCGCUCCCUGCUGCCGCCCACAUACGAGGCCUCGUUCCAGCAUGACGACUGGGUUGCCUCGGUCGAUGUCCUCUCGGCCACCUCGGCCGCCGGCCGCUGGUCUGGCGACGACCUGAUCCAGGGCCAGGACCGCAUCCUCUCCGCCAGCUACGACGGUCUCGUCAGGAUAUGGGACGGGUCCGGCUCGGCGCUGGCCACCUCGGCGGCGGCGCGCGGUGGCGGUCACGCCAAGAUGCUCACGUCGGCCAAGUUCCUGAGCGCGACACAGAUCGCAUCCGCCGGUCUCGACCAGAAGGUUGUCGUCUGGAAGUACACCGAGGCAGCGGACCGGCUGUCGGGCGAGCUCAAGCCGACGCUCGAGCUGCACGGGCACAAGCAGAAGAUCAACAGCCUCGCGGCCCACGGCCCCUCGAAGCGGCUGCUGACGGCGUCCAACGACGGCACCGUCGGCCUCUGGCUCGCGUCGAAGAAGGCCGCCGACGCCGACGCCGAGGACAUACCGGCAACGCACACGGCCAAGCGCGCGCGCGUCGCCUCGUCGGUGACGGUGCCGCAGAAGGCGCCGCUCGCGCUCAUCGCCGCGCACGGCGACGCCGCGGCGACGGCGGCCGCCUUCCACCCGACGGACGCGACGGUCGCCUACUCGGCGUCGACCGACCACACGCUCCGCACGCUCGACCUGACGACGGCGCGCGUCGU